AUGCCGCAACCCCAGCUCCAGCCAAUGGCUAUUCCUCGUACCCGGGGUUCCCCCCCAGCCCAUCUUCCUGCUCAGCGUCACAGCUCCCCACCACAGAUCUCAAGUGUUCCAAGUCCCAGACGCAGGAGUCCACCAGAAGACAUCACUUUCAUUUCAGGGUCUGCUGAAACACCACCAGAAGAGCAACCAUGUUGCCCCCCGCUCUCCCGUGCCUGGUCAGCAUACAAAGCUGUGCUCUGUUAUGUGGUGUCCUGCAGUUGUUGCCCACAAAAGGACCCCGAGGUGUAUCUUCCUUGUUCGGUAGAGGGUACAGACUGUCCGCCGGUGAUGGGCACCCUGCAAAUAGCCCUCGUGUUACCCGUUUGGGUGAAAGGAAAACAAACCUUGGUAACAGUUUUAGUUACCCAGAUCUUAAACUGAUGGGGGUACCUGUGUAUAACAGACAGCCUGGUGUCACAGAUAUAGAAACUGUAAAGGAGCCACCUGCCCCACUGCCACCACCAACGCUCCAUAGUUCUUCUGGGGAUUACUACUCAUUGCGAGAGUCUGAUCCAGAGCUGUCCAGGCUGAGCGGCUCCCUUUCCAAUGCGGAGAUUGAUGUGCUCAUCUGGCAUAAACUAACUGAGUUGUUUAGUCUCCAUCAGAUUGAUGAACUGGCAAGGUGUACAUCCGAUACAGUCUUCCUGGAGAAAAGCAGUAAAAUCACAGAGUUAAUCAGCAGUCUAACACAGGACUACCAACUAGAAGAGCAAGAUGCUGAGUGUAGGCUCGUAAGAGGAAUCAUCCGCAUCAGUACUCGCAAGGUCCGACAACGUGGAACCUCCACCCGCAAUGGGGAAAAGGGUGGUGGACAACAGCAUACCAGCCGCAGCGGAGGCAAAGCACCUGACAGUGGCAAUGAAAGCAUGCAAGAAUCUGGACUUACUAGUCAGGAUGGUGCGCAUCUUUAA